AUGAACGUUUUUGAACAAGAAUUAACCAAUGCCAAGGCAAAUAAUUUUAAUCGUCUCAAAAAUGAAAUCUUAUUAAAUGAAAUCAAAAAGUUAAAAGAAAAUUCUUUAAAUGAAGCAAUACAAUUAAAAUAUAAUCAAGUUUCAGAUUUCAUUUCUUUAUCAUCCAUGGUUAAUAUACCUGAAACUGUAGAACAAUUAGAAAAAGUGCAAGAUGAAAUGAAUCAAAAACGAAGUCAGUUAAUAUUGAAGGUGACAGAUUAUGUCAAAACUGCUUUAGAGCUAUUAGAUGUAACAUGGUCUAUUAUUGAAGAAUACAAAUUCAAGUCAGAAAAAGAUAAAAAUGAAGAUUUAGAUCAUUAUUAUACAACUCUAGUCGAUACAUUACUUAUAAGCAUCAAAAUUCUUCAUUUAAAAGUACUACUUGAUACUUAUGAAGAUGAAGAAAUGAGAACAGCACUUGUAUCACUAAAAAACAUUUUAGAAAAAGAAUAUAUGGCAGCAGAAAGAAGGUUAAAAUAUACGAGUCAGCGAAUAGAAGAAUACAAUAAACUUGGACCUGAAUUUGAGAUAUUAACAAAUGCAUAUCAUCGAUUAAUUUAUAGAGUUCAAGCAACUAAAGAUGACAUUGAAAGAAUAAAAAAUAACUAA